AUGCACAGGUCCUACCAGCCGCUGAAUCCCGUCACCAACCGGUACCUGCAGCAGAGAUGGGACCAGAACCACUACCAGAACCACCGCAAGAAGGUGAACUCCUCCCUGCCAGUAGUGGACAACAAGGGGGUGAAGACACCUGCUCACAUCCAGCUGAAACUGAAGAAACUACAGCUGCAGGACGAGCGUCUGUCCGUCGUCGACAGAGAUAACCGGCUGCUGGCGUCCAAACUGGCCGAUAUCGUCUGCUCCAAAGGUCUGGUGGACCAUCAGAACCAGUACCACCUGAGGAGUCUGAAUGCUGACAGGAGGAGGGAGGAGCUUCUUCUGAUUGGCCGUCAGAAUCAGGCCAUCUAUCAGCGAAUCACGAGCCGGCAGUCGGAGCAUCGCCGCCCGCUGUGGUUGGACGAUUGGGAGAGGGCGGAGCGUCGCCGUGACGACAUCUCACGAUACCCCCGAGGACUCGGAGAGAAACACGUGAGAAUAUAAAACUGUCUCUGUUGCUUUAUUUCAGUCAACCUUUUUUUUUGUCAAUUUUUUUAUCAACUUUUUUUUCUGGUCAAAUUUAUUUCAGUCAACU